AUGGAGAAGCUGGAGGCUCAUAUGAAAGUUUCCAAAAUAGUUCGCGAGUGGGUGAAUGAGAAGCUCAACACCGAUAUCCAGUGCAUAGAGGAAUUGUGCUCAGGGGCCAUUUACUGUCAGUUUCUGGACAUGAUUUUUGAGAAAGUCGUCCCCAUGAAGGAUGUUAUUUUCGAGACAAAUGAAAUCGCUCAUUUCAGGAAGAACUUUGCAGUGUUGCAGCAAUGUUUUCAUGAACUGCAGAUUCCCCUGGAGAUUCCAGUCGAAAAGCUGGUUUGGUGUGACUUCGACGCCAACCUGAACUUCGCCGCAAAGUUCUACAAUGUCUUUAAGGAACUUAGCACGAAAAAUCAGCUUCGUCAGGAGAAAUACAAUGCACUGGCUGCCCGGAACUACCACAAAUUCUCGCUCGCAGCACCCACUUUUGUUUCCCGUGGCCACGAUGCCUGCAAAUCCCCACGAGCUGAAAUAUGCCAACUAGAUCUGGAGCUGAAGAAAGCCGAUAAAGACGUCGUAAACGAGGACUUGACCCAGUUGGAGCCGAAGGACCAUAAAAGCACCAUGAAGUCCAUCAGCUUUGUUAUACCCUAG